AUGGUGGAAGAAGCUUGCAAUUCCGGGCGAGGCCUGUGCUCAAAAACGAAAAUAGCGAUACCUCAAGAUGGUCAAAGGAUAGGGUCCCGGCAGCGGCUUCGAGGCAAGUCAACCCCUCGCGAAGGGACAAAUGAGUUCAAUCCCGUGUAUCUACCCGCCUUAGGGGACAGCCCGGCGAAAACAGAGGUGUGGAUGGAGUGUGAGGCUGCAAGGGCAUUUGAGAUCGUCAUAGACGACCUCCAAGAACCUGGCCGACCAUACCCGCACUCAGUUGCCGACGUGCAGAUUGAUGGGAGACAGACGAACAGCCGCAUUCUCAGUGGCCCUUCCCGUCCAACAGCGAUAAUUCGACGAAUGACAUACAAGCGCGAUGAGCAAAUCCUCAAAUAUCCCCUGAUCUUUGCCCCAAUUAGGGCUGUGGCCGACCGUGAAGUAGCGGCUCUUGUCUCAUCUCACAGCCUCGUCGUGAGCACAAUGUCGGUGAGCCUCACAUACGGCACGCAAGGCGGGAGAAGCGAGGAGUGUAAAAGGCUUGUCGUGGAAGAGCUGGGUACGAUGUGGGAAGAGCACGCGGCAAAGCUGGGCUCCAUGGUGGACGGCGGCGAGCGGCCUUGCGAGAACCAGACGCCAUCAAUAUUUUACGACUUCAAAAGGGCUAAGGAGGGAGUCUUCUAUGAGUUCCGUAUCAAAUAUGCGCUGCGGACUGUCAUCGAUGAGAGACUGAAGCUUGGUAUGUUCUCGCUUCUCAGAUGUGAUUGUCGCCAAGACUCGCUCAUUCGCUCAUUCGCUCAUUCGCUCAUAGUGCCCGACGACGCUUCACUGCUCGGUCCACUCCAGCCCAAGGCAGGUCCCUCAAUUGCGGCUGCCAAGAAAAGAGAGCGGAGCGACACUGCAUUCCGGCGUGAGGUUUCUACUGCUUCGUCGUCCAGCUCAUCAUCCGAGGACGAGCCUGCAGGCCCGACAAAGAGCGCUCAAGGCGGUACCCUAGCCAUUUUUCAGGCCUUGUUGAAAGAAGCGGAGGCUCAGCGCAAGGAGGCACGAGCGAAGAAGGAGAAGCGGACCGCGAGGAAGAAGGAGAGGCGGGAGAAGAAGGAGAGGAGACUGGAGGGGAAAAGAGCUAGGUAUGCUAUUGAUCUGACGGGCAAUUCGGAGCAGGAAGGGGAGUCGAUAGGUCAAGAGCUCAAGGAGACAUGUAAGAAAGAGGAGAUUUCGGGGUCGACCCCUUCACCAGGACAUUCAGAGCCUUUAGCCAAUAUGCCGAAGGGCGCAGGUAUCGCCAGUGACGUCGAGGUCUGUGUAAACUUUGCAGACGGGCGAAAACUCAAUGAGUUCAGAGUGGAGCACCAUGCCGCAACGGCAAACGACCCCGCCGUACCGAGGCCUGGUUGGAGGCUGAAACUUCAAAGAAUCAGGGCUCGAGCACUGAUGCCACAGGACUUUGAGGUCGAUAUUCGAGACCCAAGGGGCACACCUAGGGGCUUCGAAGAGCGAUUGCAAUUGACUUCGGCGCUCGAUGGUCGCUUAGCAAAGAAGGUCGUAUUCAGUUCCGAUCACAAGAGACACUCGACGACAAGAACUAUCACCGUCGUGCACGAGGGGCAGCUUCUGAGUUGCCCCUUGAAUUUCUCGGUACCAGAUACGGUGGACGACCUCGAAGCAGCCGACGUCGGCUUGAAGGAGGCGCAUGCGAUGGGUCAUAUAAUCGUCACCGUGGAACUAGGCCGCUUAACCCUCUUCGGCGACUCUCUCAGCACUGCCUCGCCCCUGCCGGAUGUGGGGACAUUCUGGGAGAAGCACAUUAAAAUUGGGUCCAUGAUCAAGGGUAAUCUGGCCAAAGCCGAGCCGGCGCCUCCUCCAAAGAGCGAGAGGAGAUAUAUUUUCACUCCAGCCAGUGGAAAGCCCCAUUACGAGUUUCGCCUGAAGUACUGCACUCGCGCCAUCAUCGAUCUCAAAUUAGGCCUCUGCAAGCCUGUCGUCCAACCUGCCCCGACGACCCCUGCGGCUCGAGCCUCGGCGUCUACCAUCUCCAUUCCCGUUUUAGGAGAGCGGCCUCGAGCACCAUCGAUAGCGCUCUCCGACUGUUCGUCGAGCUCUUCGUCCUCGUCCGACUCAGAAGCUGCUGCUCCUGCUGGCGGAUCAGACGGGAUGAUGGCGCUUUUCCAAGCAUAUAUCCAGGCGAGUCAAUGCUGA